CUUCUCCCUCACAAAGAGACAGACGGAGACGCACCGACAGCAGGCAGAAACUAAGUCGUUGAGCAGCCGAGACCAAACACUUCUUUGGUUUAAGAAAAGCAGCAGAGAGGUAGAUCACCAUGAAAUAUCAGCUCUUGCUUCUUUGGACUCUGGCAGCAUUUUGGAGUGGUGUGAAUAUGCAAGCAACCGGAGAAAUAGAAGUACAAAAUUUUGCAGAAUAUAUUCAAUUAUCUUGUAAAGAGAAAAACAUCUCUGGAAAUAGUUAUAAAUCCACCAAGAGUUUGAAACUGUAUUACCGCGAUGAUAACAGUGGGGAAUACCAGUGUGAGAAUGUAGAAGGCAAAGAAGGAGAAAAAAUAUUUGUAAAACUACGGACGUGCGACAACUGUGUAGAGCUUGAUACCCCCUCCAUCGUGGGCCUGGCGGUCGGAGACGUGGUGGCUACCAUCGUGGUUGGAGUGGCCGUCUAUCUGAUCGCUACUCAAGCUCGGACUAGUCAAGUUAAACCUGCCAAGAAAAAGUCUGAUAGGGAGAAACUGGUUCGUAAUGAAGUGCAGAAUGACGACAACUACCAGAAACUGAUACACCGAGGAAGAUCUGAAUAUGAUGAAAUCAAUAAGAAGUAGAAA